AGCAUGGCCGGAGAUCACAGUCGUGGUUGAGGUCACUGUGACGCUGUUUGCCACGCUGCCACAUGGCGCUCCACUCCUCCGAAUAAUAAGACAAACAAAACGAAGCAAAACAAAGGACAACAAGCGGGUCGUGGGUAUCGUCUUCUCCCCGGAAAACUACUGACGACACUUCCCUUUUCUUUUUUUUCUUUCGUCGCCCUCAGCUCUUUGGAAAGUUUUUGCCACAUAAUACAAGGAGAAGUUUGAGAAAGUUGUUAAGCCGAAAGCGCCCAAAGUUAAAAGAAAGGAGAAGCAAAAACAUUCCAAUAAAAUUGCGAAAAGGCUAAAAAGAAAUCGAUAUUCAGGAUGUCUUCGCCUUCCCGGAGGCUACAGACUAAGCCGGUUAUAACCUGCCUUAAAACUUUUCUAAUUUCUUACAGUCUCAUUUUCUGGUUUACAGGAGUUAUUCUGCUUGCUGUUGGUGUUUGGGGAAAGGUGAGCCUGGAAGGCUACUUCUCCCUGGUCACAGAUCAGAGCACCAAUGCUCCUUAUGUUCUGAUUGGAACUGGCGCGAUCAUUGUCAUUUUUGGCUUGUUUGGAUGCUUUGCAACAUGCCGAGGCAGCCCUUGGAUGCUAAAGUUGUAUGCCAUGUUCCUUUCCCUUGUCUUCCUUUCUGAGCUUGUGGCUGGUAUUUCAGGCUUCCUCUUCAGGCAUGAGAUAAAGGCAGUUGUAACCAACAAGUAUGGUGAAGCUUUGGAAAACUACAAUGCCUCCAGCCGACAGAGCAGUGCUGUUGACAAUAUUCAGUUCAAUUUGAAGUGUUGCGGAGCAACAAACUUCACUGACUGGGAGAAAACAAAAUAUUUUUUACAAGCAGGAAUUCCAAAGAGCUGCUGCAUUCAAGUAGAUCAAUGUAGUUCUGAUGCUCUGAAAAACAUUACCAUGGCUGAAAAAGUUGUCCAUAAUAAGGGCUGCAUCAAUUUUAUAACCAAUCUGAUGGAAUCCAACCUUGGCGUCAUUGCUGGAAUUUCUUUUGGAAUUGCUUUCUUCCAGUUAAUUGGAAUAUUUUUGGCAUGCUGCCUUUCACGGUAUAUCACAAACAACCAGUACGAAAUGGUGUGAUCACUUUCACGGUCAGGGAUUUAAUGAUUUCUUAAAACACCUACAAGAAGAUAACCUGAAGGGAAGACUGGUUUUUACUUGUACUUUUUGUUUUUAAUUGUAUGUUUUGUAUUUUUGAUAUUAUAACUCCAUAGGAAAAAAAACAGUAGCAUUGUAGCAAAACGGCCCUUUACCUAAAUAUUUUAAAUUAAUACCUGGAAUAAGCUACCUGUUACUGAUAAAUGAGGAUAUAUUUUAAUUCCAUGGUGAUAGUGUGUAUAUUAUGUAUUUGGAAGUUACACCUCUAAUUUCACAUUACUUUUUUGAAAGUUUUUAGCAGUUAUGGUGAUCCUUGGGUGUUUCUUAUAUAACAAUGCGCAUUUCUGCUCAUUCCACAAGCCUCCUUGUAUUCUUUCUCAUAUGGGAGCGUUCCUAAUUGCCAAAUAAUAGGUGCAUGUGAGACUUAGAGCUGGUCAAUGUGAGCAUAUACUGUACAUUUAAUAGUGCAGCAUGCAUUUUUGCCAAGCAGUCUCCCACUCAAAAGCAAUACUUCUGUAUAGAACUAGUUUUUACUUUUGAAAUUUGAACAAGUCAUGUGUAAAUGAACUUUGCCUCUUGCCACAGCUAGCUACUUUUGAGUUGCCAUAUUCUUUUAUAAUCUCUCCACAAAAAUAUUAAGACUGUGGCUAUUUUAGAUGCAGGCAUUGGACAAGGCUUGCCAGGGAUAUAGUGACUUAGUGUUUCAAAAUAUGAUAGGGGGCCUAUUGUAACAUGUUCGAUGAAAUAACCUGGUCAAAUUACACUAUUCAGACAAUUUACUAGAGUUCUGCUACAUUUAAAAAUGAAAGUUUGAUGAAACUGUGUUCAUGUUGUAAAUUGUCACUAUGGAAGCUUCAGUAAUGAAGAAGCACAUUUGCUUUUGGACUCUAUAAUCAUUUUAUCCCUUUUUAGAUUGGAUAUUGUAUUACUGUUUGUAUAAUAGCAUUAUAAGAAAAGUAUUGUACUAUAAAAACAAGCAAACUAAUAACUUUUAGACUGUGAAGAAAGAAAUGUACACUUGUCCAGUUUUUUUUUUUUAUUUUGAUACACUAAUAUUGUCAGAUGAUUUAUUCUACAGAUUGCCUGAGUAAAGUAUAGUUUAUAGUUGCGUAAUAUUUUUCUAGUUAAUGUUUUUAUUACCUGCUUUUAGUAUCAUAGACAUCACCUGUACUUGAUCUAUUUCGUGCACAGUAGGCAUUUUAUCAUUUGUUAUGCAGAAUAGAAGAAUACACCUGGCCAAUAUUAUUAGAUCUUGUAUGUUCUCAUGGAAUUACAGGAGUUGUUUGGAGUGUAGAGUUGCUUGGAUUUGAGGCUCCAUGUUAUAAACCCCAAACAAGAAGACAGUUCUUUUACAGUAGGUAUCAUUGUAAAUUAUGCUGUGUUUACAUACAGUAUAACUAUUUUAGCCCAUUUAAUUUGAAAAAAUACACUACAGAGGUUUUUUUAGCUUAUAAUCAAAUCAAAUGAUCUGUUUGAUCAUUUAGACACUUUUGCAGUGAAUGGAUUGCCCUUUAUUCUUAUCGGCAGUGACUAUAAAUACCUCACUAAUUUUUCCUAUUUAAAUGUUCUUUGCCAGUAGAUGUGUUCCACUUUAGUCCAUUUUGCAGACAACUGUAGAUUUGUGCAGUGGGUGCAUUUAAGUAUAGAAAGGAUGUUUAUGUACUUUGCAAUUGCAGAGCUAUCAGUGUUAAAUGCUACCAGUUAACAGAAACAGUAUGUAAUGAAUUAUACUUGAAAUAAAAGUACUUUUCAAUUUCCUUCA